UGGACAGAUCCACUUUUAUUUCCUCCGUUCUGGCAGUUAUAAUGCUGGUACAGGCCUCCUUAGAGUCCCGGAUUUCUUGGAGAAUAUCUUGUAGGGUCAGCUCCGGUGGAGUUGGAGAGGAAGGUGGGGAGGGAGACUCCCGCGGAGUCUGCGAUGGUGAACCUCCGCCAUUUUGUUGAUCCUUACUCUCCCUCGCAUACUUUCCCAACUUGGAUGCUGCUUCAGAGGCACGUUUUUGUGCCUUGUUCUGCCCCAUGAUUGUUCUCUGUGGCAAGGGGUCACACUUGUAGUGUUGUGGUUCCGUGGUGAGGUUGGAUGGCAGCGAUCUAUACAGGAUUAUAAGUCUGGAGAACGGAGCGAUCUAAAAGUGCGUCAGCUCACAUCGGCAGUCGGCCACGCCCCCCAAUGAUUGGCUCUUUACCCCUGUAGCUGGGGCAGGAAUAUCUAACUGGCGGCUUUCUUUGUGUCCCAAUGCCAUAUUGUGGCCUGUGAUGCUGAUCAAACCAAAACACAAGGAAUACAACAAAAUUCUGUUCAUAGUCACCUGACUUUUGGUUCAGCACGGAACCCCCCAAAAAAGUAAUUUUGCAGUCGGUCUGCUAUUAACUUUAACACUAGGAGCUGAUAUAUAUGAGCUUUCUGACCAAUUUAUUUUCCCAUUUACAUUACGAGGUCAAACAAUAUGGAGAGAGAAUUAGGGGCAAGUAAAAAAUGUAGAAUUUGUUGCUGAGCUCCCCUCCCUAAAGUGUUUUGCCCCUAAACCCCCUGCCCUAUAAACACUCCCCCCCCCAUGCCUGGUGAUUGCUGAGACUAACGGUGGUGUAACCCUACGGGCCAUUAAAGUAGAAUGGGGCCCCAAAAAACUCUAGAACUUUUCCCAAGUGCUGCACUAUUUGUGCUUGGGGCACAGUCGGUGUUGGCGUGAGUGUAGGUAACAGUGAAUAUUGGCUAUAUGGGGCUCUUAUGUAUAAAAUUAUUAGAAAACCGUUAGAUAAAUAUCAAAUGCAGAGGCAGCUGUAUCCGGGCACACAGAGCAUAGCAACAUGAGAAAAGAAUUGGGGUUACCACCUGUCUGGAUGAAAAUACUAACCUAAUCUUAAAUGCAAAUGACAAUUGGACGAGUCCCUGGCUCAGUAUUAGAAAGAGAUUGCAAUUUGCUUGGCAUCUCACAGUCCUGUUCACGCAAAUCACUGGAAGGUUAAGGGUAGGGGCAACUUCGGGCGACUUUUCAUUACAGCUGGCGCAAGACAGAGAGAUGGUGUUCGUGGAGAUUGUUUCCACGCCAACUGAAAUGAGUCAGUAUUGUCAUUGUGAUGGGACCUGAGUAAUGUCACCCCUUGUGCAACUAUAUUCAUAUAUUCUGUGUAACUUUCAUUAUUACGUUUAUUUAAAAAAAAAAUCUCAAAUGUUUGAACUAUAAAAUAGUGUGAGUAUUGAAAAUAAACGUUCAUUGACUUAUAUAGACAUUCACCAGGUUUUAGUUGCUUAAUUUAUUUUAUUUGCAUUUUUGAGAUUUAAAAAAAAAAAAAAAAAAUUCCUCAGAUCAGGACAAAAUCAUAUUACAGAUAAUAUAUGCUGCUAUUGAGUUUCCAGGAGGCAUUAUGAUGUCAUCAGUUUGAGUUUGCAGGAGGCAUUAUGAUGUCAUCAGUUUGAGUUUGCAGGAGGCAUUAUGAUGUCAUCAGUUUGUUUUGCAUUGUCUCCUUGUGAGAACAGCAUCCAUUAUGACAUCAUCGCUUGGGAUGACCUAACAAUGGGUAAUUUGAUCUGCUGACUCUGUAACCAUGGCAACACCAUUGUGAGGUCAUAAUGAUGAAAACAGGCUUUAACAGCUGUCAGGUGUUUGCAGUCAUUCUGAGUUAGGAGUUCGAGGAGGAAGGAGCUUGCUCUUUAUUCCUUGAUCUUUUGACUCAAUUUUUUUAAAAUGACCGAUCAAAAUAUAUUUUUAAAUAAUUUUUCAUAUACAAAAUGGAUCAUUACCCUAUUAUUAGGCUUCUCUGCUGGAGUUUUGGACGUCAGCUUUUUUUAUAUAAUUAUAGGAAUAGUGAUGUGGAUCUUGUACAGAUGCUGGAAGCCAAGUACUGAGCCAUCAGCAAUAAAGUGUCAGGACAAAGCCAAGGAACAGGCAAAGGUCCCACACAAGGUCACUGACCGAGAGUUUGAGAGACUCCGGUACCUGCAAGUGUUAGUGAACAAUUCGUGGCCGUACAUAACAAAAUAUCUGGAGAAAUUUCUAAGAUGGAGAAUUCAGCCGCUGAUCAGAUCCCGAUUUAAAUAUUUAACCAAUUUUCACUUCUUUGAUAUUGAUUUUGGCAAUAAGGCUCCACAGGUGACUCACAUGAGAGUUCAGUCUGAUCCAGAGAAGAAGCAGAUUCUCCUGGAUCUCAAAAUCAGUCUCAACGCAGCGGUGAUGGUUAAUGUUGGAAUAUCUAAGACUAUCAUGGCCGGAGUGAAGUCUGUGAAGCUGGAGGGAACAUUACGAAUAAUUCUGGCUCCACUGAUACCAGACGUGCCCUUUACUGAAGCCGUGAACAUUUACUUCCCUCGGCGGCCGGUGUUACAUCUACAGUGGACAGGACUCACCAACCUGCUUAAUAUUCCCGGUCUUCACACCAUGACAGAAAGAAUGAUUGUGGACCAAAUUGCCAACUUCAUGGUUGCGCCAAAAUUUUUCACUCAGCCCCUGGCAGCCAACUUUGACAUGAAAAAUCUGCCCUUCGCGGAUCCCUGGAACGCACUUCGGAUUCAUGUAUUAGAAGCAAGAAAUCUCGUUGCAAACGACUUCUUCUCCAAGAAAUCAGACCCUUUUGUAGUUGUGCGCGGAGGAGGCACAGUUGGGAAAACCAGGGUCAUAUCUAAGAACCUCAACCCGCAGUGGAACCAGACAUUUGAGAUAUUAUUUUCAGAUUUACCAGGGCAGGAGAUUGAAUUUGAGGUUCUGGACAAAAAUGUUCAGAGAGAUGAUUCACUGGGCAGCUGUAAAAUUGCAGUUCCACAUGUGCUAAAGAAGAAAUUCAUUGAUAAGUGGAUCCGGUUGGACAAUGUGAAGUCUGGGGAGCUCCAUAUCAAGGUGGAAACUCUCAAACUCUUUUCAGACCGUGACAAGCUGCAGAAGGUUUUAAAUCUGAACAAAAGGCCGCGGCCCCCUAAGAGUGAGGAGUUGUCAUCAGUUGCCCUUUACACUGUCAUCCAAAAAGCCAGGGGUCUGCCAGUGAUACGGGUGAGUCACAAGUGA